AGCGUCACCCUCUCUUGCAAGUUACACGCCAGUCAAACCUCAAAUCCUUCAUCUUAUUUCCAUAUCCCCUCCUACAAGAAACCAACCAAAAAAACAACCCCCUUUUUCAUCCUCAAUUUUUAUCUCAAAAAAACACACAAUCAUUAACGAAAACCAUGGAAACAGAAGACGAACAAUCAGAAUAUGAAGAAGCACUCCUUUCUUUUAUCCUCUCAUUUCAAAAGCUCAACUCAACAAAACCCCGGCGCCCACCGCCGCCGCCGCUGUCGGAGGUGGAAGAAACAACCGGAUACGUUUUUAAAAACAAAGAUUUGUUAAAAGAAGCAUUCACACAUGUUUCUUUUAAAGAAAAAGAUUGUUUGUCGUACGAACGGUUGGAGUAUUUGGGUGACUCUGUUUUGAACCACUUGAUUGCCAAGCUGCAUUUUUUCAUGUAUCCUGAUAUGGCUCCUGGUGAGUUGACUCGGUUACGCGCCGCUACUGUUGACACUGAAGCACUCUCUAGGGCCGCCCUCAGACUUGAUCUUCAUAAGCAUCUCCGGCACAACAAACCUCUUCUUGACAGUCAGAUGGAAGAGUUUGUGGAAGGUAUCAAGCAGUAUCCGUCACACUCUUAUGGCAUGAUUGAUCCGCCUAAAGUGCUAGCUGAUAUUCUUGAGUCACUCAUUGGUGCCAUCUUCAUUGAUACUGAUAUGUCAAUGGAUGAUACUUGGGAGGUUGCGGAGCAUUUAUUACAACCGUUGAUGACGCGUGAAAAUUUGAAGGCACACCCGGUAGCAAAGUUCUAUGAAGCAUGCCAGAAGAUGGGAGUUAAACCACACGCAAAAGAUUUGUGGAGCAAAACAGGAGAGAUUGAGAUAUACAUUGAUGAUGAACUGAUUGGGACAGGAAAAUACAAGCUAAAGAAAAUUAUUGCAGUAAAUAGAGCAGCACAUGAUGCAUACCAGAACCUUUUUGAAAAGCUUGGUAGUAAAGAUGGUGAUCAAAACCUUAGUAACAAAGAUGAUGAUGAUGAAAAUGCCGAUAGUGAUGAAAAAGUCGAUUGUGAUGAAAAUGUUGAUAAUGAUGAAAAACUCGAUAGCGAAAAUGGCAGUAUUGGAGAGUAAUCAUAAGUAGUGGAACUGUUGUCUUUGUAUCAAGUUGAAUUAGAAGAGAAAGCUAAUCUAUUUUGGCAUGAAGUUAAAGAUAGAGUAACUUAGGAUUAGACUCUAAUUUGUUCUCAUAUUGGGGUUAUUAGUCUCAUUGUGGAACUGUAACCAUUGGUGUUACUUUCUUGUGA